CAGUGUGGCCCCAGAAGUGCCACCUGUCAGUGCCGCAUCAAUGCCACAUAUCAGUGCAUACCAGUGCACAUCAUUGCCACAUAUCAGUGCAUACCAGUGCACAUCAAUGCCACAUAUCAGUGCCCAUCUGAGCUGCCUUUCAAUGUCACCCAUCAAUGCCAAUCAGUGCCACCUAUAAGUGCUGCCAAUCAGUGCCACCUAUUAGUGCCAUGCCCAUCAGUGCCACCUAUCAGUGUCCAUCAGUGCCGCCUAUCAGUGCCCAUCACUGCAGCCUCAUUAGCGCACAUCAGUGAAGGAGAAAAAAUCACUUAUUUACAAAAUUGUAUA